GGGUCAUCUCUGUUCUCCGGCUUCCCCUGUUGGAGCCAUGUCCUGCUCUUCAUUCCCUCUCUUUCGGUUUUUCUCUCUCUAAACAAUAUGUAGACAGUGCUUGCGAAGCCCAAAGCAAGAACUCCCGUUCGCAAACAAAAUUGCAUUUCUCACUUGUUUCGCACUUGCAGUAACCAAGAGGUGAAGCCCUGUUCAACAGUAGGGAAUUAAAGACCUCUAAAAGAAUGCUAUUCUCCGAAAUCAAGCUAUAUCUUCUGAGCCCAAUCUUUCUUUUGUUAAAUGAACUAAGUUCGUUGCUCAUAUUUUCAGGAUUUGAUAUUCAGAAUGUGUCAGCUACUUUGGUGUCUGGGGGCAAUGAAGACAGUGCUUAAUGGCUAAGUAGACCUUGCUCACCCUAGAGCGUAAAUUGUUUACUGAGGUGAUGGUAUUGAAAUUUUCAAUUUUGAAGCAUGUUCUACAGCACCGCCACUCACACACUCUAUCAGAGGCAUAUCUCAACCAACUGAAGGCUUGCACUACGCUAAAAACACUAGAAUCGAUUUAUGCUUCCAUGAUCAAGACUAAUGCCAACCAAGAUUGCUUCUUGAUGAACCAAUUUAUGAGUUAUUGUUCAAUCUUUUCUUGCAUAGAUUUUGCAACUUCUGCUUUUCAUCUGAUGGAAAGUCCUAAUACUUUUGUUUACAAUGCAUUGAUUAGAGGCUCAGUUCAUUGCUGUUACUCAGAGCAGGCUUUGGUAUGUUAUACACAUAUGCUGCAACAUCAACUGAAACCUACCAGUUACACGUUUUCUUCCUUAGUUAAGGCUUCUACGUUAUUGUUGGAUUCAUGUUUCGGCCAAGCUAUUCAUAGCCACAUUUGGAAGCAUGGAUUUGAGUUGCACGUGUUUGUUCAGACUACUUUGGUUGAGUUUUAUUCAGCUUUGGGUGACAUCAAGGGCUCAAUAAAGAUCUUUGAUGAUAUGCUUGAAAAAGAUGUUUUUGCUUGGACAACAAUGAUUAAAGCUCAUGUCCGCCAUGAGGAUAUGCAUUCUGCACAGAGGUUGUUUGAUAAAAUGCCUGAAAGAAAUGUUGCAACAUGGAAUACCAUGAUUGAUGGAUAUACUAGAUCACGGAAUUUUAAGUCUGCAGAGUUAUUGUUUAAUCAAAUGCCCUCCAGGGAUAUAAUUUCAUGGACAACCAUGAUGAUUUGUUAUUCUCAGAACCAAAGAUUUCAUGAUGUAAUUUCACUAUUCCAUGGCAUGAUAUAUAGUGGUUUUACUCCUGAUGACGUGGCUAUGACCACUGUCAUUGCAGCCUGUGCCCAUCUAGGAGCACUUGACAUAGGAAAGGAGGUUCACCUUUACGUGAUGCAAAAUGGGUUUGAUCUUGAUGUUUACAUGGGGUCUGCUCUGAUUGAUAUGUAUGCAAAAUGUGGGAACUUAGAUAGGUCACUUUUGGUGUUCUACAAAUUGCAUAACAAAAACCUCUUUUGUUGGAAUUCUAUUAUUGAAGGGCUUGCUGUACAUGGCUAUGCUCAAGAAGCUUUAAGAAUGUUUGAUAAAAUGGAGAGGAAAGGAAUCAAAGCGAAUGCAAUAACAUUUAUCAGUAUCUUGAGUGCUUGCACCCAUGCAGGAUUUGUGGAAGAGGGCCGUCAGCGGUUUGUGAGCAUGAUCCAGGACUAUCGUAUCACUCCUCAAGCCGAGCACUAUGGAUGCAUGGUGGAUCUGAUGAGCAAGGCUGGCUUGCUUGAGGAUGCUUUAGAGCUUAUUAGAAGCAUGAGAUUUGAACCUAAUUCUGUUAUUUGGGGUGCCUUGUUGAAUGGGUGUAAACUUCACAAAAACCUGGGAGUCGCUCAUAUUGCAGUACAAAAUCUGACAAAACUGGAGCCAGAUAACAGUGGGUAUUACAGUCUCCUUAUUAACAUGUAUGCUGAAGCUACUCGGUGGAGUGAGGUUGCAAAAAUCCGAAGUGACAUGAAGGAGCUGGGUAUUGAAAAGAGAUGUCCUGGUUCUAGCUGGGUUGAGAUCAAAAAGAAAAUUCAUCAGUUUGCAGCAUUUGAUAAAUCUCACCCAUGUUUUGAUGGAGUUCACUUGCUGCUAACUGAACUGGAUGGCCAGACGAAGCUAGCUGGCUGUGCCCCUGGACUCGAUUCUAUUUUAUAAUGGCACAUGCUCUUUUACAGGAAAUAGUUUUUAAAGGCAUCUGUAGAACAUAGAAAGCAGGAAGAAUGUUGUUCAAACGUGGACGUGUAUGGAUCAUCUGAUAUUCUGAUGGCCCUUUUUGGUACUCUCUAGAUUGUCUGAAAUCCAGAAUUUUAACCCACAAAUGAAGUUUGGGCUGUUGAAUUUGCCGAUCCAAUCUUGGGCCUUGUUACAUGAAGUCUAAUCAGCAAAGCCCAUAUUUUUGUAUUAGGUCCAAUCUGUAUAGCAAAUAUUGGACCUGCUUGAUUCAUAGUGAUUCACAGUGGAACGGCGAGCUCAAUCUAACUUUUUCAUGGGUUAUAAUAUCUUUGACUUUAUGAUGAAUUAAUA